UGUAAAAGCUUUUGAUGGAUGAUUGCUCUGUGUGUGUGUGAGAUAGAGGGAGUGAGGGAGUCCCCCCCUUUCCUUUUUUUUUCUCUAGUGGCUCACUGUUCAGUGCACAAUGACUCAAUGAAAAGUGGAGGGGAGAGGCAAACACACUGUACGGCUGCACGAGAGAGAGAGAGAGAGAGCAGAGAACACAGGAGAGUAGAAGAAGAGACGCCAAUUGGAAGGAGCUCUAAAGCCGGGGACAAGAAGAAGAAGAAGACGAUAUACUUGUCUCCCUCCCACCCCCCCCGUCUGUCUUUCUCUCUCUGAAAGGCCACUUUGGCAUCAAGUGGCAGCCGUUCAGUCCGAGCUAAACUUCACCUGACUGUGCUGCUGCUUGUCUCAGCCUCUCUCAAGCAUUUUACUCAUUGUACUUUAAGCAUUUUCGUCCACUUUAGGAGGGGGUUGUACUCCUGGUGGUGCCGGUGGUCAGUCAUCCCUGGGAGAAGGAUGGUAAAGGAGGGGAUAGGAUCUGUCGGCUGCUUUCUGCAGCGUGCUGGAGUGCCGCAGGAGAGCAGGAUGCCUCCCGGGAGAAGCAGGGAUGGAGCUGGGUCAGGAGGCUGCGGGACGGCAGCGUUGGCAGCGGCCCCGGGUCGGGCUCUUCGGUCUGGGCUGCGGACGACGCUGGCGUGGGGCGUCCUGGCGCUGGUGGCAGGAUGGGGAGGCGUGGAGGCUUGCCCAACUCCCUGCAGCUGCUUGGGGAACACGGUGGACUGCCAUGGCCUGGGGAUCCACUCCGUACCCAGAAACAUCCCCAGAGGGACCGAGAGGCUUGAUCUGAAUGGAAACAACCUGACCAUCGUCACCAAGACAGACUUCUCUGGUCUCAAACACCUCCGAGUCCUUCAUCUGAUGGAGAACCAGAUCAGUAUCGUUGAGAGAGGCGCUUUCGAUGAACUGAAGGAACUGGAGAGACUUCGCCUCAACAAGAACCAUCUCAGCCAACUUCCAGAGCUGCUGUUUCAGAAGAAUGAAGGCCUGUCUCGACUGGACCUGAGUGAAAAUAGCAUCCAGGCCAUCCCAAGGAGGGCCUUCAGAGGAGCCACGGAUCUCAAAAACCUUCAGCUGGAUAAAAACCACAUCAGCUGUAUCGAGGAGGGGGCGUUUAGAGCUCUGCGAUCUCUGGAAGUACUCACUCUGAACAACAACAACAUCAGCAGUAUUCCAGUCUCCAGUUUCAACCACAUGCCGAAGCUCCGCACUUUUCGUCUCCACUCCAACUCCCUGCGUUGUGACUGUCACCUGGCCUGGUUGUCUCCAUGGCUACGGCAGAGGGGGGCUUUAGGCCUCUACACUCAGUGCAGCUCUCCUCCCACGCUCAGGGGCCUCAACCUCGCCGAGCUGCGCAAGAGCGACUUCGCCUGCUCAGGCCAGGGCGGCAGUGCCUUCGUUCAGCCGUGCAGCCUGGCGUCCGGCUCCUGUCCUCCGAUGUGUUCCUGCAGCAACAACAUCGUAGACUGUCGAGGGAGGGGCCUCACUGCCAUCCCUGCCCACCUGCCUGAGGCCAUGACUGAGAUACGUUUAGAGCAGAAUGGCAUCAAGUCGGUUCCUCCGGGCGCCUUCACCUCCUACAAGAAGCUUCGUCGAAUAGACCUGAGCAACAACCAGAUAUCUGAGAUCGCUCCUGAUGCUUUCCACGGCCUCCGCGCUCUCAACUCCCUGGUUCUGUAUGGAAAUAAGAUCACUGAGCUGCCCAGCGGAGUGUUUGAUGGCCUGGCCUCUCUGGAGCUGCUGUUGCUGAAUGCCAAUAAGAUCCACUGCAUCAGAGCCUCGGUGUUCAAAGAUCUGGAGAACUUGGCUCUGCUGUCGCUGUACGACAACAAAAUCCAGAGUCUGGCAAAAGGCACCUUCGGCUCGCUGCGCAGCAUCCAGACACUCCACCUGGCCCAGAACCCAUUCGUGUGUGACUGUAAUGUGAAGUGGCUGGCCGACUUCCUGCGUUCAAACCCCAUAGAGACCAGCGGAGCGCGCUGCGCCAGCCCUCGCCGCCUCGCCAACAAACGCAUCGCACAGAUCAAGAGCAGCAAGUUCCGCUGCUCCGCCAAGGAGCAGUACCACAUCCCAGGUACUGAAGACAGGCGUCUGAGCUAUGAGUGUAACAGUAAGCCGGUGUGUCCUGCUAAGUGUCGAUGUGAGGCAAACGUGGUCGACUGCUCCAACCUCCGCCUCACCAAGUUCCCUGAACACCUGCCCUCCUCCACUGAAGAGCUGCGCCUCAACAACAACGACCUCUCCGUGCUGGAGGCCACCGGGGCCUUCAAGGGCCUGUCGCAGUUAAAGAAAAUUAACUUGAGCAACAACAAAAUCUCAGAGAUUGAGGACGGGGCGUUUGAAGGUGGGUCCGCGGUGGUGGAGCUUCACCUGACAGCCAAUCACCUGGAGUCUGUGAGAGGAAGCAUGUUUAAAGGCAUGGAGGGACUGCGCAUGCUGAUGCUGAGGAACAAUAAGAUCAGCUGUAUCCAUAACGGCAGCUUCACAGGGCUGAGUAACGUCAGGCUGCUCUCCCUCUACGACAACCAGCUGAGCACCAUCCUGCCUGGAGCCUUUGACACCCUGCCCAACCUGUCCACGCUGAAUCUUCUGGCCAAUCCUUUUAACUGUGACUGCCGUCUGUCCUGGUUCGGGGCGUGGCUUCGGAGCCGACGAAUCGUGACUGGGAAUCCUCGCUGCCAGAGUCCCGCCUUCCUCCGAGAGAUCCCCCUGCAGGACGUAGCCGUGCCUGACUUCCGCUGCGAGGAUGGCUCGAUUCCGGUGGACAGCAGCUGUGCCCCGGGGCCACAGUGUCCCAGCCAGUGUACCUGUAUGGACACAGUGGUCCGCUGCAGCAACAAACACCUGCAGGCUCUGCCCAGAGGACUCCCCCGCAACGUCACCGAACUGUAUCUGGAUGGUAACCAGUUCACCAGCGUUCCUAAAGAGUUGGCGUCUUUCAAAUACCUGCAGCUUGUAGAUCUGAGCAACAAUAAAAUCAGCUCCCUGUCGGAUGACUCCUUCUCCAACAUGAGCCAGCUCACCACUCUGAUCCUCAGUUACAACUCUCUGCGCUGUAUCCCUCCUCUGGCACUGGGUGGCCUGCGCUCUCUGAGACUGCUCUCUCUCCAUGGCAACGACAUCUCCGAGCUGCAGCAGGGCAUCUUCAGCGACGUGGCCUCCCUGUCUCACCUAGCGAUUGGAGCCAACCCCCUGUACUGUGACUGCCGUCUGCUCUGGCUGUCAGACUGGGUGAAGAGUGGCUAUAAGGAGCCCGGUAUCGCCCGCUGUGCCGGUCCCCGUGGUAUGGAGGGCAAGCUGCUGCUCACCACUCCCGCCGACAAGUUCCAGUGUCUGGGUCCGGUAGAGGCGUCUGUUCAGGCCAAAUGCAGCCCAUGUGUCACGUCUCCCCGCCGGAACCAGGGUGUCUGUCAAUUCCACCACACAGAACUGUACACCUGUACCUGCAAGUCUGGCUUCACGGGUAAACACUGUGAGACUCCACUCGAUGCUUGCGUCAGUAAUCCCUGCACCAACGUUGGAAUCUGUAUCAGCGACGAACAGACGGGAGGCUUCAGCUGUGCAUGUGCAUUUGGUUUCCAUGGCACUUUCUGCGAGGUGAACGUGGACGACUGUCAGGACAACGGGUGUGAGAAUGAAGCCACCUGUGUGGACGGAGUGGGCAACUACACCUGCUUGUGUCCUCCAAACUACACAGGUCUUUUUUGUGAGGAAGAGGAGUAUGCGUGUUCUCCAGGUAGAAACCCCUGUCAGCAUCAGUCCACCUGCGUCAGCACUCCUACUGGCCCCAGGUGCGUGUGUAUUCCAGGCUGGGUGGGGCCAGACUGCAGUAUAGAUUACAAUGAAUGUGUGGACCAUCGCUGUCUGAACGGAGCUCAGUGUGUCGACCAUCUGGACGGCUACAGCUGCGUCUGUUUACAGGGAUACAGUGGUGAGUUUUGUGAGGUGGCCCUUUCUUCGCCGUCACUCUGCCGGCCGACAACGUGUCAGAACGGCGCCCCCUGUGUGGAGAAGACAGGGACUGCGUUCUGUCAGUGUCUGCCCGGCUUCGAGGGUCCGAGCUGUGAGAAGCUGGUCAGCGUCAACUUUGUCGACCGGGAUUCUUACGUUCAGCUCCAAGACGUCAAGAACUGGCCUCAAGCCAACAUCACACUGCAGGUGUCAACAGCAGAGGAAAACGGUAUCUUGCUCUAUAACGGAGACGACGAGCCAAUCGCUGUGGAGCUCCAUCAGGGUCAUGUCAGGGUUACAUAUGAUCCUGGGAACCAGCCCGCCACCACUAUCUACAGCACUGAGACGGUGAACGACGGGCAAUUUCACACGGUCGAGCUGGUGACCUUUAAUCGGAUGGUGAACCUGUCUGUGGACGGAGGAGAGCCGACCACUCUGGACAGUCAGGGCCGGAGCCAGCUGGCGACGGGGGACGCACCUCUGUACGUAGGAGGUAUGCCUGAGGCGGCGAUGGACGCCUCUCUGGGUCUCUCCUCUCAGACUCUCAACACGUCCAGUUUCCAUGGCUGCAUCAGGAACCUCUACAUCAACCACGAGCUGCAGGACUUCACCCGGAGCCACAUGAAGCCCGGGGUGGUGCCGGGCUGUCAGCCCUGCCGCAAACUCUACUGUCUGCACGGCAUCUGCCAGCCCAACGCUGCUCAGGGUCCCCAGUGUCACUGCCAGCCAGGUUGGACGGGACAACACUGUGACCAGCCAGCCACAGGAGGCCUCAUUGGAGCGGAUGUUGUCACCACGGCAACCGGUGUCAACCCGUGUGAAGGCAGCAAGUGUGUGAAGGGCGAGUGUGUGGCGUUGGACGCACGGACGUACCGCUGCGACUGUGCGGAGGGAUACCGCGGUGCGUUGUGUAACCUGCAGGAGGAGCCGGCGGGGUCGUGCCAGGGUCUGCAGUGUUUGCACGGCCAGUGUCAGGAGACGGAGGACGGGGAGCACUGCGUCUGUGAGCAGGGAUACACCGGAGAGAGCUGUGAUAUAGAGUCCCCGUGUCGAGGUGAGCCGGUGAGAGAUUUCCACCGCCUGCAGCACGGGACCGUCCUCUGCCAGACGUCCAAGCCUUUCUCCUGGGUCGAAUGUGGCGGCCGGUGCCAGGCGGGAACCGAGCCGGGCGUCACCGCCGCUUCCUGCUGCGCUCCUCUGAGGGUCCGGCGCCGACGGCUCGCCUUCGAAUGCGACGACGGGACCACGUUUACGCAGGACGUGGAGAAGCCCGUGGAAUGCGGCUGCAAAGAGUGCGUGUAGUACUGUGAAAGUGACGGUGCGCGCAUAUACACACUCACACACACACACACACACACACGCGCCCAAACACAACACACACACCAAGCUAAAGAGGUACACACACUGUAGGGAUUCUAUCACUGAUAAACGGACAUUUUGGUGUUUGUUUCGUGUGUUUCUUCGCGCACAGACGCAGUUUUGUAACAUAAGACAGUUCUUCCGUCUCGAAACAUGAAAUCAACAAGUCAACCUCAUCGUCAUCUUCCUCCUCCUCACCUGCUGCAGGAGAACCUGCGCGCUAACUACCUAACUCCAGCUCAUUUUUAAUACUUGUGUGUCGAACAGCCUCCGUAUGCCUUCUCGUAUGUGUUUCUGAUGUGUGGCUGGUUAGGUGCUGCUCGUCGUUCCCUCCCAGCUGCGACGCCGAGCUUCUAGAAAGAAAUAAAGGUACUAAUUUAACCCGGGACUAGUUAAUGGAAUAAAAGGUUUCUCAGUCACAAAUGACGUGUUUAAAUAUUACUCCAUUUUUCUGAGACAUGUAGUGUUUCACCUGUCAGACGUCAUGUGCAGGUAUUUCUAUAGCAGUCAGUUCACUGCUGGUGAAAUCAAAUACGUAUUGUUUCCUUCUCAAUGAGGUUCUCCAUAUUUCUACCUUACUGCUGACGGUUUAAGCAGUUCAGCGGUGACAGUCGAAGGUAUACAGAUUCAAACGGACAUCAUGUGCUGAUCUUACAAUAACCAGGAAGGUGAAAUCCUGAACCUGUCAAGAAAAUAUGGUAAACUAACAAAAAAAAAAUCGACGUGUUGUGGACACAAAAUAAUUUCAAACAUCCAGCUUCAACAGUCUUCCGUCCAAACCUUCCUCUCACGACACAUCCACACAGAAAAGCGACUGGAAGUUAUUGAUAAUAGCAGUGCGGUGCAAAAGUGCAGAAAUAUGAAUACAGGCUGUAACGAGCGGGGACCUUCUCUGAUUUCAACGUCCGUCAUGUUAAUCAGGACAGCUUAUGCAUUCUUGAGCUUACUUCUUGCUUACAAAGGAUUUGAUGUCCCGCACAAUGUAACAACAGCAUUAAUUUGGCAUGAUAUUUUCUGAAUUAAAGGGUCAUUUUGGCAUUUUUCAACCUGGACCCUGUUUUCCCAUGCAGUGGUGUCUAAGUGGCUAAUGUGUACAAAAAGCUUCCAAAGUGGUCCAGCAUUAAGCGAGAACGCUGAAACCGGCAGCCAGGAACCGGGCUGCAAUGUAUUCCUAUAGGACAAAUGUUAACCUUCCUUUUUUUUUGCUGUUUUUGCCACUGACAGGCUCAUAUUAAUAU